AUGUUACGUGCUGCUAGGAAACGCCGGCUUGGAGGUAUUAUCACCUGAAUGUUCACAAAGAAAGCCCGUUAUUUUAAUGGAGAACUACUAGAUUGUUGAGCGAACAAAAGAUUAAUGAACGUUUGAUAUGGAAAAAGGGCUUGACUGUUGUUCACAUUCGUCCUUGUUUCAACUUUUGUUUUCUCUGUUCUUUGUCGAGCGUUUAAUUGUUAAAAGGUCACAUGACCUGCAUUUAUUGGUCAUCGAACAUUCUCUUUCUAGCGAUGUCUUCUUCUCGGAACUCUUUAGAGAGGGCCGAGAGCAGCUCUUUGCUUGGGGGUCAUGACAACUCUCCGUUCGCUCCUUCAUCUUCGCGUAGGCUCUCUUCAAUUAAGAACGAAUGUGUCACUACUGUUGAGCCAGUUGUUCUCGUGCAGAGAUGGACGGUACGUUUUUGUUUUUCGAGAAAUUUUUGAGAAAAAUAAGCUUUUUGUACUUGUUCGAGACCAUAUUCACAUAAAUAACGUAAUAUCAUUCGAAAAAAAUGAGUUUCAGCAGUAUUGUUUGUGUUGAAAUCUAUAAUUUAAUAUAACGACCUGAAAAUUUUUGUAAAUGAACAUCUUUUCAUAGUAAUGUUCGCAAAAUCUCGCAUUUUGGUUAAAAGGCGCAAAAGAAAUCAAUAAUUCUUAUGGAUUGUUGAAGUUAAGAAAAUUAAAUUUUUUUUUUUUGAAAUGAACUUUUUAUCUUCAUGCCGUGUGUUCAAAGUGAUUUCGAAGAUUUCAAAAUUGACGCGUUAUUCGUUAAAAAAUAUUUCGGGAAUUAGGGAGAAUUGGUAUUCCCCGAAGGCGCAGGAAAAAUGAGUCCUACAACAAUAUAUUGCCAAAUAUGCAUUUUUACGCUGAUUUUUAUUCGUGAAUUUGAAAUUUCUUUAAAUGCCCAAAUAAAGCCAAAAUUUUGAGUUCGCGCGCAGAAGUUACAUUAAAAUGCAUACCUAGCGAUGAAUUGUUGGAGGACUAAUUUUUUCCUGCGCCUUCCCGCAAUACCGAUACUUCCUAUUUCUCAAAAUCAUUUUAAAAAAAAUACCGCGUCCAUUUUGAAAUCGUCGAAAUUACUUUGAACACGGCAUGAAUAAGUAGAAUAUACUAUCCCAUUUCGUUCAUUAUUCGACUUAAGGUGAACAACUUCGAAAGCCUCAUAAAGCUAAGUCAACCAGGAGUUUGUUUAAGAAGCAGUGUUUUUCGGUGAGUUGAAAUAAUAAAUGAGUGAUUAAUACUGAACGAUAAUAGAGAUAACGCCCUACCAGACGCCUGCUGGCAACUAUGUUUAUAUCCGGGCGGAAAACGGGAAGAAAACGCGAAUCACGUAUCUUUAUUCUUGAAAAUGUCUGCAACUGCUCAGAUGAAAGAGGUUUUGCAGAUUCAUCUGGGGGAUUUCAAAGUUCUUGUUCAGGUUCUUGUGAAAGCUGAAUAUCGUUUUUAUUUUCUGGACGACAACGACGAAGCCAAGUUCAGCAACGUUAAUAUUGGCGAGUUCCACGCGAAACCGCCGAAAGGCGGGCAUUCCUGGGGACUUCGGAACAUUCCUCGACAAAAAGUUAGUAUUGUUUUUCAAAUUGAUAGGAAAGAAAAUUCAUAAAAUUUAUAAAAUUUUACUUCGAGUUGAAUAGCAAUUCGCUACUCCCUGACACCAUCCCUGUGACGUCCUCUUGACUUGGCGGUUCGCACACGGAGCCAUAUUAUUUGAUUUGUUUUUCACGUUUUAAAUUUAUAAAAUUAGAUUCGGCGUGAAAAAUUUUCCAUAUUAUUUCAGGCUCUUCCCAUUCUUCAAUUUUUUCACGUAAAUAAAAUAAAUAUAUAGUCACGUUUAUUUCUUGUGUUCCGGAUGAUGUCAUAAGGUGGCGUCAGGGAGUAGCGGUUUGCGAUUCAACGAAAACUUUGAGAUAUAAUGUAAUUUUUAAAUUCGGAAGUUUUUUAUUACACCAAAAUCCGUUAGAAUUUUUUAUUCCGAAGCUAGGAUUUGAGGAGAAAAUUCGUUCGCGGCCAUCGGCGGAUUUUCCCAGGAGUAUCAUGUUUUUAUAGUGAAAAUAGCCCAAAAAUACCGCUUAUUUCCAACCAAACGCUCUAAUAAUUACCGUUUCAGGUGCAAAACAGCAUACGAAGCGACAAAUCUCUUGUGAUUUCCUGCUGCAUUGAGUUGAUUCCUGACGUCACAAAAGUCCCGUGCAAGAAGAUGCCAGCGACACCCGUCCUGCAGAGACAUUGCAUGGAAGUCCCUAAAGGCUUCAUCGACGCCGGUUCGUUCCUCAAAUGUAUCUAUAAAUUAGAACUGGAAGGAUAUUCUUUCGAUUUAAGUUCAUUUCAAAAAGAUUGAGAGUUUGUAUCAAUGCUGCUGUAAAAAAGAAAAAAAAAUCAUCAAAUUCUCCAUAGUAAAAAAAUUGAAGCGAAUCAGCGAACGUGCCAAAGACAACUUUACCUUUUUUUCUAGGAAUCUAGAAAUUUCGCCGCGACGCUCCCCGACGACGCCUUUUUUUCUAACUUUUUUUAAAUAGUUACCUCAUUGUCUUUAAAAAAAUUAAUAUAGAUUAUGACGAGAAAAUGAAAAAAAAGCAAAAAUGAAGAGAAAAAGUCGUCGUUUAAAAGUUUCAGAUGAAAAAAGUUGUAUUUUUUGAAUUUUCAGAGCUGUCUUUGGCUAAGUUUUCAUAGUUUUUUCUUCCAAAUCUUCCAACGAUAGUGGAAUGCGGCAUCAUCAUCUCCAAAUGAUUUUCAAACAACUCUUUGUAGAGCUCGAAAUGCUGCGGUCGGGAGAAGGCGCCGACAUGGAGAUUUGUGCGGGCGCAGAAAACACGAGAGAAGUGUUCCGAACCCACAGUUACAAGCUCAUCUCGCAUUCCGCCGUCUUCCGCGCCAUGUUGAGUCAUGAUAGUUUACAAGAAACUCAGGUUCGUUUUUUUCUCAAUUUCUCAAAAAAAAUCCCGAACUUGUCAGAAUCAAUAUUUGAAUAAAUCUUUUUUUAAAAUUAAAAAAAUUUCGAAAAAUAUAAACAUAUUUUUAUAUAUGGAAUGAAAAAAAGUGGUCUUAAAGUAUUCUAAAAAAAAUCGUAAUCUAGGUUUUUUUGAAAGUGAGUCUUUUUUUCUCUACAAGAAGGGACUAGAACAGUUAGAAAUAAUUAAAAGCUGUGAGAAACAAAAAAAGUUGCCUACGAUUUUUUAUCUCAAUACUAAUUUUUUCAGGAUCGAAAAAUUACAAUAUCUGAUUUUUCGUCAAUGGCUGUGCGGGUAAUGCUCGAAUUUCUGUACACGGGAACCUUGAUCACCAAUUUAGAAGUUGAGGUUCGAUCUGCAUUUUCUUUUUCCAAUCUAUUCAAAAAUUCAGGACGCAGCGGAAGUUAUGCAGAUUGCUGAUAAAUAUGCUUUGUCAGAGUUAAAGAAAACUUGUGAACAACAGCUUCUUGGCAGGUUUCCAAUAAACUAAAAAUUGUGGUUUUUGAAUGAUUAUCUUUCCAGAUUAGCCGUUGCGAACGUUCUCGAAUGCGUGACUUGGGCCGACACUUUGGGUGCGAACAGCUUGUUGGAAGCUUGUCUCGACUACGUUAGUUUCCAUUCAAAGUUCUUUUCUUACGAUGAAAAAGAGUUCAGAAAAUAAAAUCGGCUGCAAAUAGACUGUAAUUAUUUGCCGAUUUCAGUUUUUUUCUUCAAGAUUUUUUUAAUUUUUUUCAAGAUCUUUAAGCGGAAUAAAGAAUGUUCAGUAAAUCAUCGGAGUUUUCCAAAAAAAAGUUGUUUUUUUAGACUUUUUGUCUCACGAAGAUCAAUAAAAAAAUAGAAAGCUGCGAUUCCUAACUUUUUCUCAAUGAAAUUUUUAAUUUAAAAUUUUUUUAUACUGUUUUUCUUUUUGCCAGCAAAAUUUCAGAAAUGAAGUAACGCAAUAAUAAACUGAAGGUUAUAAAGAUUUGCAAAAAAACAAGUCUGGAGUUAAAAUCAUAAAAAACUUACCGGAAAAAGUUUGAUAAAGUUUCUCCAAAAAAAGUCAUUUUACUUGAUAACACGAAAUAGAUACAUGUGAACACAUUUUUGUUCCAAAAAAACAAGGGUUAUGCUGCAGAUCGCGGCGAAUCGGCAGAAAAUCAUGAAUCUAUCGACGUGGCGACAGUUCCUCAACAGUAACACCCAAUUAGGAAACGUUGUUAUGGAACGGAUGGUUUAUUCGGUUGAUGUCCCUCCCGUCAAAAAGUCUAGGAUGUGA